AUGCAGAUGCUGGAAGCAUCACGCCAAGAGAUCCAAAAGAGUGUCACUGAGGAUGCACGGGGCUUAUUGAAGCUUCAACAGUCUAUCUUCGUCUUCUGGUACUAUUACAUCUAUGAUCCGAUUGCCACGGGGCUCAGGUUUGCGCAUCUGGUGGUUGUCUUCUUGCCUGUCAUCCUUACAGUCCCAGUUGUAUGGCUCGGCAAGCGCCUCAAGACCGGCAAAGAAGUACGGAGCGGGACACUAUGGUGGUAUAACUUCCUCGUCAGAUCAAUGGAACGUGCAGGACCGGCCUUCAUUAAGCUCGGACAAUGGGCGGCUUCACGCACUGAUAUCUUCCCUCCUGAACUGUGCAACAUCAUGUCAUCACUCCAUUCAAAUGCCCCUUCGCACUCGUUGCAAGAAACUAAGAAAACUAUUUGCAAGGCCUUCAACGGGCUACCAUUUGAAGAUAUCUUCGAGGAGUUUUAUGAGGAGCCUUUAGGGGUGGGGGCCAUUGCACAAGUUUACAAAGCAAGAUUGAAAUCAAACCUAGCGGCAUCCCAGGAUCAGGAAGCCUUAGAGAUACAGGGCUUACGAGAUAAGGUCCGAAAGAACGUCGAUAUAUUGAUGAAGAGUACGCCCCAGCGGGUUCCUUCUUCAUAUGUAGCCGUCAAAGUGCUGCACCCUAAAGUCGAGCGUGUGAUUCGGAGGGACUUAAAGAUUAUGUCUUUCUUCGCUUCACUAAUUAAUGCGAUCCCUACUAUGCACUGGUUAUCUUUACCAGACGAGGUUCAUCAAUUUGGAGAGAUGAUGAGGCUGCAGUUGGACCUGCGCAUCGAGGCGAGUAACCUGGUCAUGUUUCGUGAAAAGUUCAAAUCGCGCACCACCGCUUGGUUUCCAUACCCCUACUUGGAUUACACAACCCGCGAGGUGCUCGUGGAGGAAUUUGCCCAGGGCAUCCCUCUAUCAACCUUCCUUGACGUUGGAGGGGGUGUCUUUCAGCAAGAAAUUGCACACGAGGGCCUAGACGCAUUCCUCCACAUGCUAUUAAUUGACAAUUUUGUUCACGCGGACUUACAUCCAGGUAAUAUCAUGGUUCGGUUUUACCAACCGAGUGAGUUGGAUCUUUCACUCCGCAAACAUACCAGGGCGUCCGAUGCACCAACCGCGGCGGACGUUGAUGUAACAGAAACGGUACUUGCACGACUACGACCUCAUGCCCAUAGUCCAGAAGAUUGGGAGAGGAUCCUGGAACAGCUUAAUGCGGAAGGCUAUCGUCCGCAACUCAUCUUCAUUGACACUGGCUUAGUAACCCAGCUCAACGAUACUAAUCGGCGAAACUUCCUUGACCUCUUCCGCGCUGUCGCAGAAUUUGAUGGGUAUCGAGCGGGUCAGCUCAUGGUCGAACGAUGCCGUCAGCCAGGGGAGGUCACAGACCCAGAGGUUUUUGCGCUGAAAAUGCAGCAUCUAGUUCUUAGCGUCAAGUCACGAACCUUUGCGCUUGGCAACAUUAGCAUCGGAGACGUGCUAAGUGAGGUGCUAUCCAUGGUUCGAGGCUACCACGUUCGGCUCGAAGGAGAUUUUGUUAACGUUGUUAUAUCGAUCCUUCUUCUAGAAGGUAUCGGACGGAGUCUUGACCCAACUCUCGACCUCUUCAAAAGAGAAGCAUGGAGGAAAGGAGAGAAAGAUAUAGAAUGA